UUCAAUUAUGACUAAUAUAUAAACAAGAUUUUGUUUGAAUGGAUAAUAUACUUAACAAAACUCUUUAACACUAAUAGUUGUGAUUAAUAUUUUAUUAACAUGUCAUCUAUUUGCAAAUUCAUAGAUGGAGUAAAAGCAGCAUUUCUAAUGGUGGUGGUUCAAAUUGCUUAUGCUGUUGUUAGCAUAUUGUACAAAUUGGUUGCAGAUAAUAAUGGGAUGAGUUUGUGUGUACUUGUGGCUUAUCGUUACCUCUUUGCAUCAAUUUUUAUGGUUCCUCUUGCUUACUUUGCUGAGAGGAAGAGCAAACCAAAGAUCACUGCAGAAGUUCUUUUUCAAGCUUUUCUUUGUGGAUUAUUUGGGGCAACCUUACAACAAAAUUUAUACGUUGAAGCCGUAGUUUUAGCGGGUGUAACAUAUGCUACGGUCAUGUAUAAUUUUAUUCCGGGUGCAACCUUCAUCUUAGCCGUCUCUUUCGGAUUAGAAAGGUUAAACAUUAGAACAUUAACCGGAAAAGCCAAGGUGAUUGGCACAUUAAUGGGAAUUAGUGGAGCUAUGAUUCUCACAUUCUAUAAGAGCACUGAAAUUCACCUAUGGUCUACUCAUGUGAAUUUGUUGAAACAUCAUCUACAUCCACAAAAUGUUUCUACUAAUAAUAUAUGGGGCUCUUCUCUUGCAUUGGGCACUUGUAUAUCAUAUUCAAUAUGGUUGAUAAUUCAGGCUAAAAUGAGUGAGAAGUUUCCUUGGCAUUAUACAAGUGCAGCAUUGAUGUCAGUGAUGGCUUCUAUUCAAUCAAUUAUAUUUGCAUUAUUCAUGGAAAGAGGUGAUUGGAAUCAAUGGAAGCUUGGUUGGGAUAUCAAACUUUUCACUGCACUUUUUGCGGGUGUUGUGGCCUCCGGAAUAGUUUGGGUUUUGAUUGCAUGGUGUGUGCGCAUAAAAGGUCCACUAUAUGCUUCAGUUUUCAACCCUCUCUUUCUUGUUCUAGUGGCCAUUGGAGGAUCUCUCUUAUUAGAUGAAACACUUUAUUUGGGAAGUGUAAUAGGAUCAUUGAUCAUUGUGAUUGGGCUAUACAUUGUCUUGUGGGGUAAAGGUAGAGAAUUGAAGAAAACUAUUGAGAUUCAACCCUUGGAGAUAAUAACCACAAAGCUUCAAGAUGCUAAAAGUCUUGAGAUUGAUGAUAACAUUGUCUUGAAGGAAAACAAUUAGAAAAUUUCUUUACCCACCUCCCUAUGGGGGGUCACCCCCAGCGAAAUUCCCAAACUACCCCUGCUUCGGAAAUGAACUUCCGAAGCGCUUUUUUUUUAAAAAAAUUUCCUUGAUUCGGAAGUUCAUCUCCGAAAACACCUCAUGGGGGGUGCGUUCGGAGAUGAACAUCCGAAAACACCUCAUGGGGGGUGAAUUCGGAAGUUCAUUUCCGAAUUAUGCAGAAACUGUGUUUUUUUUUUAUGUUUUUUCUUAAACGCAACCGCAUUUUAAUUAAACGUUACCGGCAAAUAAAAUAAACAAUAGAUAGAGUGAAAACACUAAUAUGAUAAAUAAACAAAAAAAAUACUAAUAUGAAAAUAUUAUAUACAAACCGAAAUAAAUAAAAAUAGUGUGCUAAAUAUACAAUCCAAAAUCAAAAAAUGAAUAAACCCCACCACUACUGGGUGUGCCUAACCCGCUCACCCUGGGCCCUCCUCUGCCGCCUGUACCCCGCCGCACGGCCCGCAUCAGUGACGAUGAUCUCCAUCACGGCGACUGCCUCUGGUCCACCCUGAUGAAUGACACCUCGAUCCAACGCGUCCCGCCCAAGCAUCUCUAUCCACUGGCAGAUCGGAAGGAGAUCAAUGGCGUGGUCAUCCUCCGCCUGCCGGUUCUCCAGGAUCUCCUCGUGUGCUGGCCUAGGAGCGCCGGGAACGUCGGGUCUCAAGAGAGGAUGGGACACCCGGUAGAACCAUGUGACGUACCCCUCCACACUGUGCCAGACCUGGGUGACCCGCAUGCGACGGUACUCCUCCGGUACCACAUGAUGCUGCCACUCCUCCCAUAUGGCAGUGAGCUGCACUCUGGUCACUGUGUCAGGAGCAGCCUCGAAGGGUGACCUGGGUAUGAUCUGCACGAACCCAAACUGCCGCAUGCACCGCUCCGGGAGAUACCGGACCAUGAUGCCGGUCCCGCAUGCCAACCAGCCUGAAUAUAGAGCAACCCCGUCGAAGGGGACAACCUGAGCAUAGUCGGCGAACGGCCUCCAGGUGACGUCGUCGUGCAUUAUGCGGUCCAGGUACAGGCGGUAUGGUCCCACCGCAUCGUUCCCCCUCUGGAGGGCGUAUCUGGCGGCCCUGGGCAUGGCGUCAACGUACGCAGGAUCGAUGUGGAAGCCGUGGAUGCGGGAGAAGUAGGAGAUGAUCCAGCUCUGAAAC